AUUAGGGAACCAUGGGCAUGGAAUAGAGAGGAUAGAGGUGGAGAGACCCUCACCAGCUCAGCUGAGGGCUGUACUAAAACACUGGGGCUCAUGCAGACAAGCAGGCCACGUAUAGACCAAGGUUUUUACCAUUACUACUACUCUGUCAUGGCUGCUUCAGCCUCCUCGCUCUCCAUUUUCACCCAGCGUUGUGGCACGUCCUCAUCCCAGACCAGGAAUCGUAACUGUCAUGACUCACAUAAUAAGGCAUCCGGAUUCAGGCGGUAUUAUUGUCUGUGUUUUGAGCUGUGUCCUUUUUUCCUGACAUCUCGUUUUGUAUCUGUAACAGAGUUAGAUUUCUAACUGCGUGUGUAUUUUGUCCCGUUGCACAACCCAGAGGAGGAUGUUAUGGUUUGUACUCUCGAGGCCUAGCUGUUUUUUUUGUUGCUGGGGUAAUGACCUGGAUUCCAGAUUUGUUUUGGACAAGGAUCUCUUCAAACCUUUUGUAUUUUGAGCCCAGAGAACUAUUACCUUUUUAAUAAUCUCUUAUCUUUUAACCACAUCCAGAUGUUGUAUUUCAGGUCAAAAUGGUGCAGUAUCAGUGCUCUGUGAUCAGCCUGAGAAGUGGGCGCUAGCUGUGUCUCUUUCUGCCUGUCUGUGUGUGUGUAGCUGUACUGCAGCAGAGCAGGCUUUAUGUGUGGUGACCGGAACCGGCUGAAACAGGUUUGAGCCAGCAGACAGAGGGCUGAGGAACAAUGCCGGCUCUGUGCUACAGGGGGAGAGAGAGCUUCCCUGGCUGCUUAAUAAUGGCAGCCAAACUAGAAGGCUGUAGCCUAGCAGAGGAGGCUGCAGAAAGGCACUAUCGAUCCCCAGCAGUAUGGUGGUGGUACAGUACACUGGUUGUGGGGGUUUAGGCUAUGGGAUACAGGGUGUAGGCUGUGGGAUGUGGGGCAAGCAGGGCUGGCCACCUCGCUGAAGGCAGAGGCAGAGAGAGCAGUGCUCAGGCAGGGGAGAGGGGAUGAGACUGCAACUCUGGAGGCCUGUCUCACAGCACAGGGUCAUUGUCAGUCAACUGGUGAUGGUGCAGGACAGGAGGAAAUGGAUGACUGAUCGGGAUCACACUACCUCCAUCUCUCUGCCUCUUUUUGGGCCCUGCCUGCUUUGGGAAAUAGAUUUUUUUUCUGCAGGAAAAGGGGGGUGGUUGUUGUGCCUGACUGACUGUGUGGUAGCAGGAAGGAAGGAAGGUGGUUUUGUGACUACAGUAGUGGCUGGCUGGGGACAGGCUGGCUACAGAUCACAGGGUUCUUGCAUCAUCACACCAAAAACAUGGGCGAUAUGAAGACCCCAGACUUUGACGACCUCCUGGCAGCCUUUGACAUCCCAGACAUGGUGGACCCGAAGACAGCCAUAGAGUCAGGCCACGAGGACCCCCACGAUGGCCAGCUGAAACACCCCAGCGUCCCCCACGAGGACCCUCAUGAUGGCCAGCUCAAACACCCAAGCGUCCCCCACGAGGACGAGGCACACACCCCCUCUGGAGCUCCAGACGUGGGCGUCAGCGUCAUCGUCAAGAAUGUCCACAAAAUGGACGCCGGCGGUGAAGAACACACACGACCAGAGGAGGUGGUUCAGGCUGACCCCACCACCAUGGUGAACCACAAUGGGCUUCAUAACGGGUACCUGUCAAUGUCACCUAACGACCGGUACAGUAAGAAUAACGGAGCCGAAAAGGCUCUGAGAAAUGUGGAGGCUCAUCAUGGAUUGGCUAUCACCUCCAACUUCAUCUCCCACUCUACUUUUAACCAGUUUAGUCCCAUUUCCAGCGCUGAGGAGUUUGACGAACACGAUAAGAUUGAAGUUGAUGACUCUCUGGACAGGGUCAAGCAGAGCGCCCUGCCAUUUUUUAGGACAAACCCUCUGACAGAACCACCUGCCAAGACAGAGGAGGAGCUGACCACAAAAGCCGUACUGGCAGACUCCUGUAGCACGGCCACACCUGCGAACAAGUCUAAUGGAGACUGCGACAAAUCAAAACUUGAUAAAAACAACAACAAGACUUUGGUCACCGUUAGUCUGAACCUUUACGAGUCCUCUAAAUCAAGGAAACUUGAAGAAGAGAAAGCCAAAGAGACAACGGCCCCUCGCACCCAGGAGGGGUCAGGGAGGGAGGCUGGGGAGCCCUGUGUCCAGGCUGUGUCCACCAGUCUCUCGCAGGCCAAACAAGCCAAUUCAUCAGCCAAACUUUCCUCCUGCAUUGCUGCUAUUGCAGCUCUCAGUGCUAAGAAAGCCACAGUAUCAGACACCACUAACUCUGUAGUCUCUGAGUCCCCCGCUACCACCCAGAGAGACUCAUUUACCACCAUCCCUGACAUCCACACCCAGAGGGAAGCACCCAAGGAGGCCAAGGAGAGGGAGAGCCCCAGGGACCUGGUCCCGGAGAAGCCCCCAGACCAGGAGUCCCCCUCAGCUCUGGAGGUGGCCAGGAGACUGCAGUCCAAACAGCCAGAGGGCCCCGGCAGCCCAACCACCAGCGAGGACAGCAGUAGAGGCUCUGGUUCCCCCUCCUCCUCCCCGUCCACACCCGUCAUCCCAAAGGUCCGGAUCAAAACCAUUAAGACCUCCUCUGGCCAGAUCAAACGCACCGUCACCAGAGUGCUGCCGUUGGCCCAGGUAGAGUCAGACACUGAACGCCUGAAGAGAGGGUCUUCAAUCAUGGUCUCCUCCUUCCUGUCCUCCCCGAACUCGACGCGGACUUCCUCCCUGCCCACCACCACCCCAGGUGUUGCCAUGGAGAUCAACAAGCACAUGACCAUCAAACCUGUGGCCACUGCUUUCCUCCCUGUGUCGGCAGUCAAGACGGCGGGUUCCCAGGUCAUUAACCUAAAGCUGGCCAACAACACCAUGGUCAAAGCCACAGUGAUCCCCGCUGCGUCGGUACAGAGUGCCAGCAGCGCCAUCCUCAAAGCUGCCAACGCCAUCCAUCAACAACAACAGCAGACCGUCAUGGUGCCCGCAUCCAGCCUGGCAAACGCCAAACUCACCGUGCCAAAGACUGUCCACCUCACCAACCUCAACCUACUCCCCCUGACCAAGGCCACCUCUGUGUCUGAGCUCCACCAGGUGCUGUCCAGCUCCAAGCCCCAGGGGCAGCAGCCGGUGAAGCAAGCCCUACUGGCUGCCCAGGCCCAGAAGAAGGGUGUCUCUAGAGUCCAGGUGUUAGCCAGCUCCCAGAGUUCUGUAGUGGAGGCCUUCAAUAAGGUCCUGAGCAGCAUCAACCCCGUCCCAGUCUACGUCCCCAACCUCAGCCCCCCCUCGGCCGCCUGUAUCUCCCUACCCUCCCGCGGCUAUAGGUGCCUGGAGUGCGGUGACUCGUUUGCCCUGGAGAGAAGCCUGAGCCAGCAUUACGACCGCCGCAGUGUUCGCAUCGAGGUCACCUGCAACCACUGUGUCAAGAACCUGGUCUUCUACAACAAGUGCAGUCUGCUCUCCCACGCCCGGGGACACAAAGACAAAGGGGUGGUUAUGCAGUGUUCCCACCUCAUCCUCAAGCCCAUCCCUACAGACCAGAUGAUCACUACAUCACCUCCGCUAUCCUCCACCACCACCACUGGAUCUAUCUACAGCUCCACCGGCCACUUCCUCGGGAAGGGUGCUGGUACUCAGGCCCAGGCAGCGGUGAUCUGUGCCCCCUCCAACGCCCCUCCGGUUGCUGCCAUGCCCCUGGAUGAGGAUGUGUCCCGGCUCUGCAGAACCAGUCUGAAGUGUUUAGAGUGCAGUGAGAUGUUCCUGGAUGAGAACUCUCUAGCAAUGCACUAUCAGCAGGCGCCAGAGUCCAGCGGACAGAAAACCUGCACAAUCUGCCAAAUGCUACUACCUAACGUGUGCAGCUUUGCGUCGCACCAACGGAUCCACCAGCACAAGUCUCCCUACAUCUGCCCUGAGUGUGGGGCUAUCUGCCGCUCAAUCCACUUCCAGUCCCAUGUGACCAGGAACUGUCUGCACUACACCCGCAGGGUGGGCUACCGCUGUGUGCAUUGUAGCGUCAUCUACUCUGACGUGGCUGCUCUGAAGACUCACAUCCAGAGCUCUCACUGUGAGAUCUUUUACAAGUGUCCCAUCUGCCCCAUGGCCUUCAAGUCUGCUCCUGGCACACACUCACACGCACGCACACAGCACCCUGGGGUCAAGAUAGGAGAGCCCAAGUUGAUCUACAAGUGUUCCAUGUGUGACACAGUGUUCACCCAGCAGACACUGCUUCAGUCACACUUUGAUCAACACAUAGCCAACCAGAAGGUGUCUGUCUUCAAAUGCCCAGACUGUUCCAUGCACUACGCCCAGAAACAGCUCAUGUUGGACCACAUCAAGACGAUGCAUGGUACCUUAAAGACCAUCGAGGGUCCCCCCAACCUGGGCAUCAACCUGCCCCUCAGUUCCAGCCCCAACACCAACACCAACGGUCUGGACAGGGUGGACAAGAAUGCCCCAACUACACCCCUGAAAAAGGCCCAGAUCACCCCUACCUCAGCCCCCCAGAAGCCACCUGCCCCUGUCUGGACAUGCGGAGACUGUGACCGUCUCUUCAUCCAGAGAGAGGUGUUCGUAGCCCACGUCAGGCAGGAGCAUGGCAAGCAACUGAAGAAGCACCCGUGCCGACAGUGUGACAAGUCGUUCAGCUCCUCCCACAGCUUGUGUCGACACAACAGGAUCAAGCACAAGGGGCUACGUAAGGUCUACUCCUGUCCUCACUGUCCAGACCCCAACCGUACGUUCACUAAGCGUGUGAUGCUGGACAAACACAUCCAGCUGAUGCAUGGUGGCAUUAAAGAUGCUGAGGGGAAGAUGGCGCCAGACCCAGCUCACACAGAGGACAGCCCUCCUGACAAGGCCCUCAGCCCCAAGAGGAAGCAGCAGGAUGACGAGGGGCCUCCCGGUUCUCGCUCCAGGGGCUCCACACCCACCCAGCCCCUAAAGAAGCUCAAGGUUAACGUGUUCAAGGUCCACAAGUGUGCCGUGUGCAGCUUCACCACCGAGGACCUCGUCACCUUCCACGACCACAUUCCGCAGCACAAGUCUGACAGAUCCUCCUUCCAGUGCAGGGAGUGUGGUCUGUGCUACACUUCUCCCCGCUCCCUGGCCCGACAUCUUUUCAUUAUCCACAAGCAGAAGGAGCCGCGGGAGCUAGCCAGACGUAAUGGAACCGUUGCUGCCGAUGAGAACCAGAGAGAGAACCAGUUGGGUUCCGGCUCGGGGGACGGCCUGGACGACGGGACCCCCGAAACCAAAUGUAAAGUGUGUGACAAGAUGUUUGAGACAGAGGGGAGUUUGAACACACACAUGAGGACACAUGGCAUGGCCUUUAUCAGGUCUAAGAGAUUGAACACAACAGAGAAAUAGAGAUGGAGCGGCCUCAUCGGGACACUAUUGUAAGCAUAGUGGCAUCCACCAGAAUGUUGUCUCUGACCAAAUUUGCCUCAGAAUGUUGCGUUGUAAAUGCUAGAGUACGAAUAAGACAUUCUCCAUUGACUCGUCUACCCACAUAUAUUAAAUAUACAGUAUAUACACAAUAUAUAUACACAUUUCUAAUGUGUUUUAAAAUAUGUAAUAUAUUUAAAGUAAAUGUAUGUGUAUUUAAAUCAAUCUAUGAGAACAUUUUGUACACUUUACGAUAUAGAUGUUUCUAUGGAUGUUGGAUAGAUCUUUUGUAGGAAAAUGUUUAUUUUGAAAAUGUUUCAAUUGUUGUCUUCUCACUAGUAUGGGAAAGUGUUAGGUACUGUAUACAUGUUUAUGUUAUGGGAGAUGACUUCUCAACUAUUGGCAGUGUUACGUUUUAUAACUGCUGCUAAUGUCCAUGGAAUGUCUGAAGAAACUAGCCUGGUCCCAGAUCUGUUUGUGCUGUCCCGUCAACUCCUAUGGCUAUUGCCUAUGCAGUACAAACAGAUCUGGGGUCAGCUUAUAAAGAAACACUUUAUCUCUGCAUGACUUUGUCAUCCUCACAGGGUUUGGGUCAAUUCUGUUUCAAUUCUGUCAAUUCAAGUCAGUUCUAGAAUUGACUCGACUGAUAUAGAAUGGAUUUGACCCGAACUCUGCUCAUAUUGUCAGGACAAUCAGUCCAGACUCCAGACUAGACCACACGAGAGUAGCCUGUCUAUUUCACACCUCUAUUCCGUCAGUCUAUGGGCCAAUUCGUUCUGUUCUUUGUUUAAAGAAACCGGAGACAUUUUGUUUCAGAAUGUCUCGGAAUGUUUGUCUUUUCAAUUUCCUUAUUCUCUGGCAGCUCAGUUUUGAUAUUAAUUGAGUUAUGAUGAUAGCAACGUGUCUUUCUUUGCAUGUACACACAGAUACAGUAUAUAGACUUCUGCCUUUCAAUUGACCAUACUGUAUAUCAGCCUUUUCAUUUGGCCAAAUUAACAAGAUUACACUGGCUAAUAGUUAUGAUUCUGGAUUUCCUGAACACCAAGUGUACCAUUUGGAAGGAUGUAGGGUGCCAAUGCAUUUCUCUGAUCAUAGUUCAGAGUGUCAAUGAACCAAUAAAAUAGAAAAAACUUGCCUUCGCAUUAAACAAUGGCAAUGUGAAUGUGAGACUGGAAUUGAAACCCAUUUCCUCAUUUCAGUGUCUUUACAUUUCAAGAUGUGUUUUACAUUUGAAAAGAGAAAAUUAAUUGUACUAGAAAACGAUCACGAUACUGUACAUUUUUAUUUCCAUGUUUUUUUUUUGUUGUCAUGUAUGUAUUUCAUAAAAGGACACAUUGUUUUUGGAAAAAAACUUUUUUAUUCUAUGAAAAUGACAUAUGAAUCUAUUUGUGUCGAGCUCAACGUGCAUGAGAGAAGCUGUCAAUGGUUCUUAUUUGUUUCUUAGAAUGUGUCUUGCUGCUUGUUCGCUAGAGAUGUCAGAUGUUUGUGUAGAAGCAGUUCUUGAUGUCAAUAAUAAAUUCUGAAUUCUG